UAAUAAUGGACUGGUUGAAUACCCCUAAUUUUGAACUAAAAGACUUAUGUUUUCUUCAGGAUAACGCUGAAGAACUCUAUUUAAUGAAUGAGCAAGAUCAAUGAAGACUCAAUGAUAAAGAGGAUUUUAAGAGCGAGUUAAAUAGAAAAUUGCCAUUAGUAGAUAACGAAGUUGAUUAUUGAGAUGCAAUUAAUCGUGAAGAGUGUUCCUUAUUUGAUGAUAACAGUUUAAACACUGUUAAACAUCAAGAAUUCAUUAAUUUUGAUUUUCCUGAAGUUUUGGAACACCAGAAAGCAUCAAGUCAAAAAGAAGAUAUCCUUGGAUCAUCCAUGUCAAACCUCAAAAAUGAGAAGAGUAAAUUAAAGACGAAGUGUCCAGUAAAGGCUCCACCAUCUACUCGCUCAUCUCCAAGAGAAAAAAAGAAGAAGAAUUACACGACGAUGGUUGAUUGCCUUCUAGACUCUUCUCUGAGAAAUUCAGGAGUCGCAGAACUUUGUUUUCGUAAAGACGUAAUUCAUAAAAGAAUCAUGAGAGGGUUUAAAAAAUUCAUCGUCAAACUGUUCGAUUCAAUUAGAAUAAGGCCUUGCAGACUUAAGAACAGAGACACCUCGUUCAAACAAGAAAUGAUCCACGAAGCCCAAAGGCUUAAUAUUAUUAAUUCAGAAGAAAGUGAACAAAUCGGAGACUUGAACGAGUUCCUUUGCUGGAUGGCCAUGAGCAAAAACACUCAGAAGACCAAGUCUCUCUUCGAUGUUAAUAAUAAGUCGAUAUUGCUAAUGAAUGAGAUCCUCUCAAAGUACUCACACAGCAAACUUGAAGGUCUCUACGGUGACUCAAACAUAGGAAUGUUAUUCCAUUAUUUCAUAAUCAAUGGACUUGAAGAUUUCUUGGAUGCAUGUCCAAGUGAUAAGAAAGAUUUGUACCAAAAAUAUUCACUGCUAAUCUGUAAUAAUUUCCGUAAUUAUUAUUAA